ACAGCACACCUCUUAAUAAGCAAUACAGUACGAAUUAUGACAUUCAGUGUACAUUUUUAGGUUAUUUUUCUUAUUUAGCACAUGCUUCCAUCCAAAACAACUUAAAAUACAUUUGUGAUUUACAAACCUUAGUUUACCAGCAUAGAUAUUUAAUCAUUCUGGGACUGUAAUGCCAAAAUUCAGAUGCAAUCAUUGUUGAACUCAUUCACACUUUUUAAACUGCAAUCACGGCCCUUAAAUUGCUUUAAUGUGUUUAGUAAAAGUAAAUGUCUCUAUAGUAAAAUUUGCACCAAGAUACAUAAGAUACUUUUCAUGAGUAAUGAUAUGAAUAGAGCUGUUUUUUUUCCACAGCAGCAAAUGAAACUCAAUGAAAUGACUAUAUGCUUUACAUUUGAGUCAUUUCAUUGAGUUUCAUUUGCUGCUGUGGAAAAAACAGCUCUAUUGCAAAAAUGAAACUGCACUAGAUUGAAAAGAAAAAAAAAAAAAUCAUUAAAUGAAAAGGUGAAAAACGGAUAAACAAAGGAUACCUCUAUCAGUAAGAAAGAUAUAUAAACAAGAAAAAGUUUAAUCAAUUCACACUUUAUAUCAUGUCCACAUAUAUAUCGCCAUACCACUAAGUCCUAGCAGUAAUGCUUAAGAAAUUUGUUUGUAUUAUUAUUUAUAAGUUUAAGUUAUUUUGCAGUAUGAGAAAUCUGAUAAAGGAUGACUUCUAAUCUAGGCUGUUCUUCUGAAUAAAAAAAAGUUCAACAGCAUGGUUGCUGCCAGAGAAUUAAGGAAAUAUGUAUUUCAGAGAAAAGUAAAUCACAUUUUUAGGAGAUGGAUAACAGCCUAAAUUGUACCAAAUAGAAUGUUUCUGAUUGCAUUGAUAAAAUAAAUGUUCACAGAAUACAUAUAAGUUGGAAAAAGUAUCAGUCUGGGAGCCAGUUGGGUAAAUAUUAUGCAGUAUAUUUUAUUUCCUUCCAGUGAAUAAAAAAAGUUGUUCCAAUAAUAGGUAAUUGUUUACCAAAACGCUCAUUAUAGCACUUCCGCUUAGGAAGCGUUGCCACGGAGACGCCAGAGCGUCGGCAACACUAGCGACUGAGGUGAAAAUGCCUCCUCACCAGAUCUCUUCAACAACGACUGAAAGAAGCAAAUAAGAUAAUAAAGGAGACAGGAUGCAUGUGACCAGGCCCAAGUCUUCUAAGGGGCGCAGCAGACCCAUGAUGGCUCACACUUCGAGUGUGGAAACACCUCCUCAGCCUUCGUCUCUUUCCCCCCAGCCUCCAGCUGCCAAGGCUAAUGACAGGUUAAACCAGUCCCUUCGAUCCCGAGCCAUUCUGAGACGCAGCAGUCAACCAAGUACAGAUAUACUGACUGAAAUCUUUGACAGACCCCCGGAUGAGCCCGUCUCACUCAACAAAUACAGGGUUCUGCCAUCCAUAGAGAAAAAAACUUCCAGCUGUAAGUUCAGUCAAGGUGACAGCAACCAUAGGAUAUGUCAACACUCUUCACGUGUCUACACAAAGGCCCGAACGGAUGUGAUGUCAGAGGGGACAGGAAGUGAGACAGGUCUAACUCCUCCAGAGGAAUCAGGCCUGCUGCUUGCUAUCAGAACUCCAUGUGGUCAGAGAGUCAAGUGCCAUUUCCGGCCAACAGACCAGCUCCAGGCGGUGCUAUCAGCCGCAGAGGCUGAAUUCGGGGAGAGGUUUGACAAUUGUAUGAUUGAGACUAUGGAUGUACCACGCAGGACUUUUACAAACCUUACAAUGACCUUGGCUCAGUGUGGUGUCCUAAACAAAUCGGUUUUAUGCAUUUCCCAAGAUGACAGCCACAUGGAUUUAACUUGAACAUUAAUGUAGUGCAACUUUUUAUGGACACUUAUAAUACAAAGACAAUAUUUUGAUUUGCUGUCUGAAACCAUUUCAAAUUAUUAAUCACAUUCCUCAUGAUUAAAUACAUGAUUUGAUGGUAAAAUGUUUAUAUAUGACUAAAAAAAAUCUGUAUAGAACUUUGGGUCAUAUUCAUGUCAAAGUCGACAGGGAAAAAUUAGAUAUUACAAAUAUCUAGAUAAAAGAUUAUUAGUGCUGUCAAAUUGAUUAAUCUCAUCUAACAUAAAAGUUUGUUUACAUAAUAUAUGUGUAUAUAUAUAUUAUUAUAUUUAUAUAUAUGUGUGAGUGCAGUGCACACACAUUAUAUAUAUAUAUAUAUAUAUAUAUAUAUAUUUAUACACACACACACACACACACACAUAUGUAAACAAACGUUUAUGUUAGAUGAGUAAUCAAUUUGACAGCACUAAAGAAUAUAUAUUAUAGGUAAAAAGAUUUUAUAUGUUGCUUAGCGAAAAUUAAACUUAUUUCUGGGACCAUUAAGACUUUUUGAAUUGAUAUCUUGAUGAUUAGACAUUUUCCCCAUAUAUUCUGAUUACCACAAAUUAAAAUAAAGUUUUUGUCUUUAUGCAAAAUAAUGACAAUGAAUAAUUCUGACAAACUGCACAAUAGAUGUUAAAA